UAUAUCUAUUUUUGACCCAGGAAUGUAAGGUAUAGGUUGUGGUUGUUGUCGAACACCCUUGGAUAUUUUGCUGGAGUGAUGGUGUAAUUUUCAUUAAGCUGAUGCUCCCAUUUUACUCUAUGCCUUUUCUUCUCUCACACAGUAAUUCCCUUCUAAUGACUCUAAGGAAAAGUAGUUCUACUCCUGGAAGAGUUGCUACAGCAGAUGGUUAUUCUUUCUCAAAUGUUUGAAAAUCAGGUGUGAUGGAAUGCAGUAAUGCAGUUUUGAAGUAAUUGGGGAUGCUUGUACUCUGCACCCUCAUUCUUGGAUCUAUGGUGCUUUACUGAGUGCAUGUAGAGUCUGGUAACACUGAGACUCUAAUCAAAAGUAUUCCUACUCCUGGAAGAAUUGCUAUAUCGGCUGGUCAAGUUCUUUCAUAUAACAAAAUCAGAACUGAAGACACCAAUCAAAGUAUCUAGAGAGAGUGAGAGAUAAGAGGUUGGUAAGUCAGGGAAGAUUACUGAAACCUUUAAAGAUGGGCUCUUCAGAGGAUAACCAUCCGGAGUUCUUCCGAACUUUUCAUCCAGAUCAUAAUUCUGAGAACCUGAGAAUUCCAGAUGCUUUUCUGGAACAUUUAAGCAAGAAAAUCCCUGAGAAAGUUGUCCUCAGAGAUUGUUAUGAUGACUGUUGGCCUGUUGAGAUUGUUGAAACCGAGGAUGGCAUGUUUUUUCAAGGCGGGUGGUCUAUGCUUGUCUCGAGCUAUCCACUACGAGGAGGAGAAUUUAUGGUGUUCAAAUAUGAUGGACACUCUGCAUUUGACAUAAAAAUUCCAAACUCUCACAAGUCCAAGAAGCAAAAAGUUGCUUCUUCUGUUAGCCAAGAAGAAGCAAAGCUUCCAACAGGAGAGGAAGAUGAAGAGGAAGUAGUCAUGGACCAACCUAUGAAUUCGGCUAAAGGGGGGAUAUUUGGCAGGGGAAGUAACCGUUCAGUCACUGGAUCCCAUGUCAUGAACCUUGAAAAACGAAUAACAGACUUAUUCCCAUCAGACAACCCAUUUUUCGUUACAAAAUUCAAAACUAUCAAUGGAAGAAAGGAUGUGACAAUACCACAAGCUAUUCGAAAGGGCUAUGGUCUAAAAUUUGGGAACAGAAUAAAGAUUCAAGAUCCAAAAGGGAGACUUCAUGAUGGAAAGAUAGCCAUAUGGAAAGAUGGGCGGCACGCAAUCACUAAUUUCUGGAAGCAGCUCUGCAUGUUCAACAAUGUUAUGAAGGACGACAAUGUCAUCUGUGAGUUGAUACCCUCCACCACGAAUACUUGUCGACUGAUCAAAGUUCAAAUUAUCCAUCCUAACACUGAUUAAGACCUAUAUGCAACCAAGUAACGCCUUAUUAUCGGAUGUGCUAUCAUCUUGAUGUUGUUUGGUGCAAUUACAACCUGUUGUACAUCAAGUUUUAUCUAUAACAUCAUGUUGCGUAAUACUUCAGUAUUUUACAUGAGUUAUUGAUUAUAUUACCCAAGGUAGUAAAAUAGAUAGUCGAGUGAACAUUUGCGGUCCUCAUUCUUAGCUGGAGCUGUUUCUAAUCUAGGAAUAUAUUAAUGGUGCAAUUAUUAUUCAUAGUUCUAUUUUUUUGUACAUUUAUCUUAAUAUGCAUGAGGAUGUGACUUAGCCGAGUAUAAUAAAUAAAACACAACUUUUUCUGUCAGAAAUUUUUUUUUUUUUAAAAAAAAAAAGCCUUUAGUAACUUU